AGGCCUUUCCCAAAGCCUGCCCAGCCCGAGUCCUGKCCUGCCUCACGUGAUGGGUUUUGUGCYUUGAAGGAACCCCAGUGACCCAGCRAUGGGCAGGUUGUGUGGGGACACUCACACCAAACCCCUGCCUUCCCCUUCCCCUGGUCCCCAGCAGCUGCUUUCUGCACCCCGCUGCCAUUGCUGCUGAUGUUUGGGGGAAGAAAGGCCCAGGGAGCAAAACAAAAUGAGGGAUGGCCACAGACACAGACUAARAGAAGAGUAAGUUUGAAGAAAAUAYUGUCUGACCUAGAAAACUCCAUGAGCCRAAUCCUUGGAUUUGCCUCACACCAAAGCAAACAGCUCCCCCACCCUGCCGUGAAAAGCCACAUUAUCCCCCAUUUUGAUGUGAGUUUUUACACCAGCCCAUGCCAGCGGUGCCCACGUUCUGCUCCCACAUCCCUUCUCCUUCCCACAGGCUGUGCCAUGAUCUCUGCUGUGCUGCUCCUCUGGACUGUGCCCUGUGUGGCAAACCACAUCGUGGGGGGCUUUGCCAAGCGGGAGCUGCAGGAGGGUGCCCAGCUGGCCUGCAGCCUGCCAGGGCCCCCAGGGCCCCCYGGGCCCCCCGGCGUGCCAGGGACCCCGGGCACCGUGGGCAGGAUGGGCUUCCCAGGCAAGGACGGCAAGGACGGCCAGGAUGGGGAUAAAGGCGAGCACGGCGAUGAAGGUCCCCAGGGCAAAACAGGAAACCCUGGCAAGCCAGGCCCGAAGGGCAAAGAAGGAGGCAUUGGCAAGGCAGGGCCUCGGGGGCCCAAGGGUUUGAAGGGCAAUCCCGGGAAAAAYGGGCCCCCAGGGAAGAAAGGGCCCAAAGGGAACAAGGGUGAGCCCGGGAUGCCAGGACCCUGCAGCUGCAGCGGCAGCAAAGCCAGAUCUGCCUUCUCCGUGGCCGUGUCCAAGAGCUACCCCAGGGAGAGGCUGCCCAUCAAGUUUGACAGGAUCCUGAUGAACGAGGGAGGACAUUAUAAUGCUUCCAGUGGCAAGUUCAUCUGCAGCAUUCCAGGGAUUUACUAUUUCACCUACGAUAUCACCUUGGCCAACAAACACUUGGCCAUUGGCCUGGUCCACAACGGCCAGUACAGGAUCAAAACUUUUGAUGCCAACACUGGGAACCACGACGUGGCCUCUGGAUCAACCAUCCUGGCUCUGAAGCAGGAGGAUGAGGUGUGGCUGCAGAUMUUUUACUCAGAGCAAAACGGGCUCUUUUAUGAUCCCUACUGGACAGACAGCUUAUUUACUGGAUUCCUGAUUUAUCCUGACCAAGAUUAUCUCAAUGAAGUGUAGAAUGAGGAACUAUGGGAAAAAACAGGAAAUGGACCUCAGUGCAACAAAGUGUUACCUGUAGAUGAGACAUGUGUGGGAUUAUCAGACAAUUCCACAUUUGCCUGUGGGAUUAUCAGGUGAUAUCCCUGUAUUGGCUCUUUAGACAUUUACUUGAUGUCACCAAGCCCACAGGGUGCCAGACUUGCAGCAGUCUCAUGGAUGUCUCCAUACCAAAGCCACCCAUUGUGUAUUCCGUGAUUAUUCCAACAUGCCAUGGACAUGUAACUCAAAUACUGGUGCAGAAUGCUUUGGUUUUUACAUUGUUAUAAUAAAGCAUGGCAACCAACAGUGAUUUCCUAAAGCUGAGCUGGGCAGUGCCAUUGAUGCUGGAGAUUGUGUCACUGGGCCUCCUCCCCUACUCCCAGCAUGAUCCUUGUUAAUGGAAUUACACUUUGCCAGCCAGYUCAGAGUCAGGAAUUUGUCAGCUGGAGUUGUAAAAGUCCCUCCCAGCCCCAUCAAGGCAGUUCUGAUAGCACAGACGUCUUGUCUGCACAGGAAGUGAUAAAAAGGUCUGGUUUUGAAGGUUCAGGGCUCCUCUCAGGGCACAAACUGUUGCCUGAGCACCACUGGUGUCCCUCAGAGCAGGAAUCAGGGUCACAGAAGGGUUUGGAUUGGGAGGGACCUUAAAGCUCAUCUUGUUCCACCCCUGCUGUGGGUAGGGACACYUUCCCUGGAUUUCAGCCU